AUGAAGCGACGCAUGCAACUCAUCGCCGUUUGGCUGGGCCUUUUGGCCACAGCCACCUAUGCACAGACGCAGCAGGAGUCCUCUGCUAAGUGGUCGCGACAGCUGGAAUCUGUUGGCACCGGGGAUACAGACGCGUUGGACUGGGUGCCGCUGGCACAACCGCUGGAUGACAGCGGCAAGGAUCGCUCUGGCAAUGGGCGCGUGCUCACCUACUCGCAAUCAUUUCCGCCCAGUGCGCGUUUUGGUGAUCUAGGCAAGCCAACUGGUUCGCAGUUUGACUUUCCGUAUCAGUUCCAACGUUUUGCCAAUGGCGCACCACAGGCGCUGCCCUUGCGUCACCAGGGCCCACCGCCGCUAAAGAGCAGCGCCGGGCAGGAGCCCACCUCACAGUCGUUCUUCAAGUUCGAGAUGCCCUUCCACAAUGAAGCCAAUCAGCCUAAUGCGCCGCCCACUCUGCAGACGGGCUAUCAGAUCCAGCAUUCCUUUGGCGGCGGUGGCGGUCUGCCCGCACCUUCCUCGCUGUUCAGUCCACCCGCGCUCUUUGGCCAGCAGCAGCAGCAGCAGUUCCCAGACUUCCAAGCACUGCCACAGAAACCGCUCGCCCAGGCGCUGAGCAAGCCCCUGCAUCAGCAGAACUAUAUACAGGAUAAUUUCCCCAUUAAGUCCCAUGGCAAGCCCUUGCCCACGCAGGCUUCUCUGCAGAGCGUCACCCCGCAAGUGUUUCCCGUGGAUCCAGAGCCAGAAUCGGUCUUUGGUUUGAACAAACCAGCUGCUCCUUCGUCUGCACCCUCCUCUAACAAUCAGCAGCAGGAGGUGCAGCUACUCUAUGUGCCCUAUGAAACACUCUACAAUCAGCAACGCCAGCCUCAGAGCUCCUCGGGUAUCGGUUCGAGCAGCAGCUUUGAGGUGAACAAGUUCAAUGUAAAUGCUGGACUGCCCGCCGUCAAUCCCUAUCAGAUCAAUCAGUUCUACACCCAAGAUCCGAGCGUGGGCAGCGACUUCUUUAGUUCCGGCACAACCGCACGACCUAGCAGCACCACCUCACAGCCGCAGCACAUCUUCCAGAGCUUUGCACAGCCACAAGCACAGCCACAAGUACAGGCGCAGUCUCAGCCUCAAUUCACCACGGCUAAGCCCAAGCCGAAAGCACAUCAGCCCCCGCUGGCCAUGUUCCUGUUGCGCACCAACGCACGGCCCACACAGUCGGAUGUGGUAGCCGCCCUGCGGAAUGCCCGCGCCAUUUCGGUCAUCGAUGCGCCCACAAAACAGACGCCGGAUAUCUUUGUUGGACCUGCCGGCAUGCCCAUACCCGACGGCUAUGUCAAGUUCGAUCUGCCGUAUCUGUCGCAGCUGGCGCACUCCCGCGACCUGCAGGAUGUCUCCUUCUUCGUGGCACCGCUCAGCUACCGCACGCCCAACGGCUUCAAUAAAAUACUGCUGCCCGAGCCACAUGUGGGUUCAAUUGUGAUCAAUCGCGCCAAGGACAGCGCCGCCAUACAGGAGCUCGUCCACCCGCAGCACGUACGUACGCAGCGUCCGCAUACCACCACCAGCAGCACGCGCAAUCCCUUCGAGACUUCCACCCAGCCGCAGAGAGCCGCCGCUAGUCCGGUACCCACGCGCGGCAACAAGUUCAGCUACUACUACGUGCAGGAUGGCAUACAGGAGGUCAGCUCGCCCAAGCAGCCCGCCAAGCAGGAGCGGCACAAGAAGAAGCGUCCACAGCAUGUGCCCGUGGAGCAGCCCGUUUAUCGUGCGCCUGCCAAGACGCCAAAUCCCUUCGACACACUAAAUCAAAUCGGCGGCGAGGAUUUCUUCAACACGCUCAGCAGCAAGCCCAGUACUUCAACUACCAGCUCCACUUCCACGACCACGUCAACCACAUCGACUACUUCAACCACGGCCCCACCACAGACGCUGUUCACCUACGGCUCCAGGCCGCAAGUCGAGUUCCCUAGCUCGAAUGGUCAACUUUAUCCUCAAUUCGACACGGCACCACAGCUGCAGCCGGUGCAGGAGCAGCUGCCACGCCUCACGACACGUCCGCCCACCGCAACCACAGCGGAGGAGGAGUUGCGCAUGAAGCAGUACUUCCGCCAACAGGAUGCCUUCCGUCAACGCCCACAAACCACCAAUCCACCCUUCGAGCAGGUGCAGUACACGCCCUCUACCCAGGACUACGACGUACCACAACCCUCAACGACGCAGAAGACCAAACAACGGGUGACCAUCUACACUCCAGGUGCAGUGCCUGUGACCACCUCCGAUGUGGGCUACAAUGUGGAUCCACAGGGCCAGCCGCCGCUCAACCAUCGUCCCAGCUACAAUCAGAACGAGGUCAUCGACAGCGGCAAUGUGGAGUACGAGCCGAAUCCCUACCACGUGCCAUCCGAGCUGCCAGCGCUGACGCCGGAUAUUCCUGGUCUGGUCAACAAUCUGCAGGAGAAGGACAAGGUGGCCGCGACCACAACACCGCUUAGCGAGCCGGAGCCGGAAACGCGUCCCACACGUCGUCCGCUGCUGCGCACUCGCAAGCCUGCCAUCUCCAAGGUGGUGACCACCUCCUCGGUGUCCUAUUCCGAGUCCGAGAACAGUGCCAAGCAGCCCACGCACCGUAUCAGACGCCCCUAUGGCAGCCGAGGCACCUCAGCAGCCGCCACAGGCAGCACAGACAAUGGCGAGGAGGUGCACAGCACAACACGUCGUCCGGCCAGUUCGCGCAAUCCUCUGCUGCGCAAUCCCAAUCGCAUACGCUACCAACCCACCACAGAGGAGCGUCAGACGCUGAAGACCAAGAAGAAACACUACAAGGGCUCCAAGAAUGGCAAGCCAAGUGAGGAUCAGGAUUUGGACUAUCAGCGCGAUGUGCUGAAGCAAAACUAUCCAGUGUUCAAGGCGCCGUCUCGUCGUCCCACCAGUCCCACGGCCAUACCCAGCUCCUAUGAUGUGGGCAACACCGAGGGACCCGCCUCCGAGACGCAGCAGGUGUACACGGUCACGCCCAGCAAUAGCAUUGAUCAAGGAGAUCAGGGCGUCUAUGUGCCCAGCCUGCUGGAGCCUAUGCAAAUAGCCCAGCACUACAACGAGUUCUCCAAGGAUAACUAUGGACCCGGCUAUUUCCCCAAUCAGGAGGAUCUGAAUCCCACGGAAGCCAUCGUGCGCAACGAAGUGAGCCCCAUCUAUACCACACUGGCCACGACCACACCCUCCACCACUACAACAACCACCACCACCACUGAGGCGCCUGUGACAACAACCACACGCCGCUCACCCUUCAUACGCCGCAAUUAUCCAAGGGUACGCACCACCACAACAACUGAGCCGUCUGUGACCACCACCACUCCUUCGGAGGAGCGCCCAUCUAUUCGCUCUCGCCUGCCGCCACGUCGCGUAGUCAAGGUGCGUCAACGCCAGCGCCGUCCAGCUCAUCCGGCCUCCUCUACCGCUACCCCGGAGGAGGAAGUGGAGCAAGUUACCCAGAGGCAGAAUCUGCGCAAGCUGAGCCGUUACAAUCAGGAACAGUCUGAGAGAGAGGUGAGUACCCACUUGCUCCUAGGAAUACAUGGGAAACUAUUAACCGUCGCACAACAUCAGGCUCCACAGACGCCACGUCGUCGUUACAAGCAGCCCUUCCAGCUUGAGGGCCAGGAGUCCCAGUGGUCGCCAGCCUCGGAAACGGGCAACAGCAAUACCAACAGCAACAGCUUCAAGCCUCUCAAUCCCAAAUAUAGCUCCAAGAACGAAGCACACAAUUUCGAGAAUGAGCCGGAGAUUGUGACGGCAGGACCCACAGGUCAACCGGAAACCUACGAAUUCAACGUAGCUGCUAAUCUUAGUGGAUCGGGAGCUGCGCAGCUUACGACGCCCGCGCUGAAGGCGCCGAACCUAAAACCCGAGAAAUCCUUUGCGGAACUGCUGGAGGAGGUAAUGGGCAAGGCACCCGAGGAGCUGGCCACCGAGACACCCACAAGCAGCACCAUUGGACGCCUCAAUAGGCGUGGCAAGUGGAAAAAGUCGCGCGUCUCAGGCGGUUCAGAUAAUGGGGAGAAUUUCGAAACAGCCGAGUCCCAGAACCUGGGACCACAGCUCUACAAUUCGCUGUAUGCCGGCAGUGAGAAAAAAGAGGAGCCGGAGCUGAAGAACACCACACCAAUGACACCAGCUACCGAGGCUCCAACAACCACCACCCCUGAAGUGGCCACCACCACAGCGACAGCCAUCACAACGCCGGAGGAGUACGAGGUGACCACCGCCAAGACGCCCGAUGCAACAACAAUAGCCACAACGCUGGCCAUGAGCGAGGAGAGCGCCACGCGCCGCAUGGACACGGCUGCGGAUGUGGAUGACCUGGAGACGCAGCCGAGCAUCUUCUCCGAGGUGCGACAGCAGCUGCACGAUCUCUUCGCCAUCGAUGAGAGCGAGGAUCAAGCAGUGACCGCUGCGCUGGCAGCCGUUGGCAAACGUCGCCAGGCAUACACGAGCAUCAAACGCACCAAGCCAGCCACGUCCGCCGAGAGCAGCACGCUAGCGGCCACGGAGGCGCCGGCCGAAGUGCUGGACACCACAACGGUGGCGACGCCUGCCAACGGCAAGGAGGAUAACUUUCACAAGGACCUGAUGGAGCACGUGGUCUAUGCGACUUCCACCUCAACCAAAGUUACCUCCGAGACAGAGAUCUGCUAUCGCGGCCGUUGCAUACGCUCCGAGGAUCUGCCCGCCAAUCACAAGCUGCACUGA